CAUAGAAUAUUGAUCAGAAAUUUAAUAUCUUUGAAAAGCUGAGAUUUGUGUACAACGAUAAUCCAAUAUCCAAGGACAAGAUUAGACACGACUAUAACAAUGACACGUAUUUACUAAUUAAGACUUAAAACAUAGAUACGAACGGAUCUAGACAUUUGUAAAUCCAAGGAUCAGCAACAUGAACAAAAACGGACGUGGGGACUCCCGGACAAGACGGCGGGGAAGUACCCGACGGAAACAGUUUAUAUCCAUCGCUGUUGCUAUUGUGGUCAUCUACAUAGUGUAUAGAACUUUUAUGCCCAACAGCGAUAACACAUUCGAACCUAUAAAGGGUACUAAGAUCACUCAAAAUAGGUAUGUUCAGAAAGAAAUUAGGACUGAAGCACCUAAAUUUGAACAACCUAAUGCGGGAGAUAUUGAAGUCGAUGACGACUUCGUCGAUGAUGAUGAUGAACAUGAUGUUGAUAUUGAUGAUACUGUUAUAGGCAACGGAGACGGGGCAGCUAUAGACAAAUAUUCCGUGCAAAAGUCUCUGGAAGAACAGAAUAAAACCGAAGUUAAAGAACUGAACUCAACAUUAAGCAAAGCGAACCUAACGUAUGCAUCUGUCAACAGAACGAAUCCAUAUCAAGUGCAAAAGACUCUCUUCGAACAAAAUAAAACAGAAGUAAAAGAACCGAACUCAACAUUAACCAAAGCGAACCUAACAUAUGCAUCUGUCAACAGAACGAAUCCAUACCAAGGGCAAAAGACUCUCUUCGAACAAAAUAAAACAGAAGUAAAAGAACUCAACACAACAUUUACCAAAUCAAACUUGACAUAUACACCUGUCAACAGAAUGAAUCCAUUUUUAUCGGCAAGCAACGGAAGUUUAUCCGCUCUCGCGUCAAAGUUAAACAUGACCUCCUCAGCUAGGACCGUUGAGGUUCAAACAAAAGCUAACAGUAUAGUGAGAGAAUCGAAAGAUCUUGAAGUAUAUAAAACGAAACUCGCAGAGGGCUUCGCUGCUCAAACUAAAGAACUGGCUAAUUUGGUUCAAAACGCGCUAAAUAAAAAAGCGACGAAUUUAACUGACAUUAGCUGGCAGAAUAAAACAAAAUCCGUAGAUGGAAAUUUAACAAAACUAGUUGAAUUGUUUUCGUUUAAAGCUCAGAACGCUAUGAAGCUAGCUAAAGAUUUAUUAUUUAACCAAUCUGCCAGUGUACCUUAUUCAAACCAGAAUACGAGCGGACUGAACAGAACAAAAAUAGAAGGAACAUUUUCUGUAGAAACUCAAGAUCUAGUGAACAUUGCAAAUAAUGUGCUGUCUGACACAGACAAGAGUGCCUUUGAGACAAAGAAUAAAACGCAGUCAAAAGUUCUAGAUAAAUAUGCAUCUGAUGCACAAAAUCUAGCAAAAUUUGCAAGCAACCUGAUAACUAACGCGACUGCGAAAGUGGUAGAGACGAAACAGAAAUUAAUGAAUUUAGACUUACCAGUAGCGAAAACGUUGCCAAUUCCUAAUGAUGUUAAAAAUAUGACAGAAAAAAUUCUGAGUUGACAGUAGCAUAUUUCAGUGUUUUCUAAUCAAAUGACCUAAUCUGGUUGAUAAAAUCAAAAACUGAGAACAGAUGUUUGUUUGAGAGCAAUACAUGUGUUGUAUUGCUAGAAUUCAAAUACCUUAAUUUAAAACUUGUUUUUACACUUACAGUCAAACCUGUAUUCAACGACCACCAUUUAGAAAUAAAAAAGUGUUAAUUGAUGGUGUCUUAAUAGACGUAAACAUGCUAUUUGUAGUUAAACUAGAAGAAGGGGAGAAAAAAGCUAACUUUUGAAGUACAUUUUCUAAAUGUGAUCUUUAUUUGGAGGUGGUCGUUAGCAGAGGUUUGACUGUACUACUGGGGACGAAAUAGUGUGUUGAUAUUGGUGGAACAUAAAAUUUCAAAUGCGUAUCUUAAAUCUUGUAUGAAAAAAAAUGGACGAAAAGAACGUACUUUUUGUAUCAUAUACCGGACUCGUUGCUCAAUCGGUUAAACGAACAGUAUUGUGGGUGCCGAUUGACAACAUGAUAGGUAAACCAAACCUCGCUCGGAAUCUCGCACGUGACUUAAAUUGACCUCAUCUCCUGCCGUAAACCCCUACCUUUACAAAUUUGAAGAGCAGGUGUAACACAUUUGAAGUACGUAUCUGUACUGUAUUGAGAAAUGAGUAACUCAAUAAAACUAUUCUACAAGUUUA